GCUCACCCUUCUGCUUGCUACCACAUCUCACGACAUUUCACGAACACGUACUCGAAAUGAGCACCGAGCGGCUCGAAAAGCUCGUGAACCAAUGCAAGAGCAAUGAUGUCGAUAGCAAGAUUGACGCUGUCAACAAGUUGCAGGCAGAGUUUGAGACGGGGCUCGAGAUUGUGGAUGCAGAGCCUCUUGUUGCAGCACUCAAGUCAUGCCUUCGAGUUGCAAACCAGCACUUGACGACUGCGACAUUGUCUGCCCUUCCUCCCUUCCUCCCCCUCAUCAUAUCUAGGCAUGGCCCAUCGGCGCCUGCCCGUUCUACCUCAAUGUCGACAUCCACCUCUUCUAGCUCUAAUUCAUCGAUUGAUCUCAACAACCUCCGGCUCGCCAUGUCUGCUUUCCUCCCUGCUCCAGGCAUUAUCGAGCGACUAGGCGAUAAUCGCGAAAAAGCACGAGAUAGAGCACGAGAAGCAUUAGUCCUGAUAGGAGGAUUUGCCUUUCGUUCUGGGACACCAAGCUCAAAGUUGAACCAAAGUCGGGGUCAAGAACCCCCCUUGGCAGUCUUCGAGCGCUACAUGAGGGAGAGUGGGUUGGGCAGCAAAGUAUGGAGAGUUCGAGAACAGUCCCUACUUACUUUGGUGCACAUUCGCCGGUCUCACCAUCUUUUCCCCCUCAAACCAUACAUGACAAUGUUGGUGGAAAUGCUGGAAGAUACUGAUGGAAACGUUCGUGCUAUUGCUUCGCCCUCUGUCAUCGAACUCUUCACAGGGCCCGGUGUUUCGGAUGCUGCACGGGCAGAUUUGAAGAAGGAAAUGACGAAGAAGAACGUCAGAAAAGGCAUCAUGGAUAACAUUCUCUCCAAGCUAGUCAGCGGCCGAGGCAACGGCGCCAGAACUCCAGACAGCUCGGAAAGUGGCGAUGCAGGGGCAAAGAAGGAAUACGUUCCACCGAGCCUCUUGCUGGCAGGUCGAAAGCCAACAUCUAGCUCCACUACCUCGACCACGCAACCGCCCUCAUCCAUGUCGCGCGUGACCAGCCACGGUCGCCCUCCCAGCCGAGCAGCUGCCGUAGUAUCUCCUCCACCACCGCCCGUGGGCACGCCAACUGAGGGGUCAAGCACAGUUGAGCCUGUCUAUAUAACAUCUAGCCGAGAUCUUGAGAACGAAUUUUCGUCAAUGAUCAAACCAUUUGAAGGCAAGGAGACCGAACACAAUUGGGCAGCCAGAGAGCGUGCAAUCAUGCGAGUUCGAGGGAUGCUCAAGGGCGAUUUGCACAACCGCUAUCAUGACAUUUUUAUUGCAUGUUUGAGAGAGCCUUUCAUACAGAACUCGUUCAAGACUUCGAAUAGUUUGCGUACCACUGUCGCUGCAAACACCUGCUCCCUCUACAGUGAGCUAGCUGUAGCUCUUGGGACUGCUCUAGAUCCUUUCUGUGAAUCGUUAUACAGCAACUUGUUGCGAAUGGCAGGCUUCACGAAGAAGAUCAUUGCUCAACAGUCACAAGCUACCGUAAUCACUAUACUCAAGAACACGUCAUCUCAGCCACGAACGCUUCUCCCUUUACUCUGGAACCACCUCCAAGAAAAGACAGUUCAGACACGAGCUUAUAUGGUAUCCCAUAUAAGCGACUACAUACAAACGCACGGAUUCCGUGCCAAAGCGUAUAUCGAGUCUUCUGGUGGCCUUGAGAUCCUCGAGAAGUCCAUCAAGAAAGCACUUAACGAUCCCAAUCCGGCUGUACGGGAGACUGCACGUGUGGUCUUUUGGUCUUUUGAAAACGUCUGGCGUGAGCCAGGCAUGAUUAUCAUGGAUACUCUGGACGCAACCGCUCGCAAGCAAUUGCAGAAAGCAUGCCCAGAUCCCAGCGCUGUACCAGACCUUCCAACUGAAACGCCUAAGGUAGCGAAGAAGAGUGUGGCCGCAGCCAUUGCUGCUACACGCGCGAAGCAGAGGGCCAAUGCCAACGCUCCUCCCACUCUCAGGCAUCAAGCUACCUCUACUUCUUACGCUGCUGCAAGGGCGGCUUCUCCACCUGCUAAACGCAUUGUCAGUUCCCCUCUCGAUCCAUCCAGUUCGACCAAUGGCCACAACGCUCUGGCAUCAUCACAUCCCACCUUGUCAUCACGUCCUUCACUCUCUCCGCCGAUUUCACCAAGGUCUCGAAUGAUGACCACUGGUGCAAUGCCGCGGUCGGUGAGUACUGGAGCCGUGACGACGUCUUACUCUCGGUCUCCAUCGGAGUCGCCAACAUCAGACUUACCUCAAGGUAUCAAACGCAGACCAUCUUCACCUCUAUCUCGCCCCCCUGCUCAGCGUGGACCAUCCGCAAACAUGGAUACAUUCCGUCCAUCCAAGUCUAACGCCGUCCCUGUGCUCGCUCGCGCUUCGAAUCUAUUCCCUGACUUUGAUGAUGAUGAGGAGCUACUGCUCGCUACUACGGUACCAGUACCAGACAGCGAUUCUGACGCCGAUGAUCACAAUCUCAUGUCGUUUUCCACUCCGUACAAGUUGUACCCUCCGAAACAACAGAACGCGGAACCGCGCUCGAAGCGUCCCUCAUUCUCGCCGCGCUCAGAUGAUUCCCGACAAACGGCGUCAAACGCCUUGUCGAACGGGUCCCAAGGGAAGUCGGACAUUGCCGUUGAAGAUGCUCUCCGAGCUCGAGCCGAACAGGCCGAAAGUACGGCUGAACGUCUUCUCGAGGAGCUGAGCGAUCCGGAGAAGGACUCUGGUAAUCAUCCCACUAUCCCGUCCUCACUACUCCUUGGAAGUACGCACCAGACGCCGAAAGCGGCGAAGAACGCAGGAUCGGUGUUUCGAAGUCUCGGCCCCCCUCCAGUGACGCCUGUGAAUCGCAAUGCAUCCAUCUUCCGCCAGGCUGCAGCGUUCCAGAAUAGUCCGGCGGCGCCAGCGAACAACGGGGCUGACUCGUUGUUGAAGCCGUUGCAGGACCAGUCACACAUGUCGAGUUGGUGGCUGAAGCGCACGUCUGCCAUUGAUACCGGAACACCGUUGAAGGCUGUCAACGUUCCAGACCGUGCCGCGGAGCUUGAAGAAUAUAUAUCCUUGCUGGAAGACGGCGACAAUAGUGUUCGGGUGCUGCAGAAACUGGCUCAGUUGUGCAGCAACAAUCCUCUGUCACCAGAUAUAACAUCCCCGUUGAGUCCUGGUCUGGGCUUGCCCAACACAACGUCCCCUUUCUUGUCUACACUUCCGAAGCGUGAUGUUGGUCCUAUUAUUCCGAAUUUAUGGACCAAGGAUAAGAAGUUCGGUCGACUCUUUGGUGCUUUGCUGAAGGUGCUCGAUCCGUCUAAAUCUGCAGAAACCUUGGAGUAUGCUCUCAUUGUCCUAUGGGAGAUACUUACGAACCAAGGGUCGUUCCUGGACGGUCAAGAAGCAGACAUGUUCACUGCGAUUUUCCAAGUUAGAUACUCGAACCAACUCAACGUCCUAGAGGCGACCAAGACCAUACGUGAUGGCCUUUGCGCCCGCGCUGAGCCAGUCUAUGGGUUGACCCUACUCCACGGAAGUCUGCGUACUUUCAUGGCAGAACCAUCCGCAGAUGUUAGCUCAAGGGAUGCCACCCAUGCGUUUGGUCUCAUCGCCUUGGCGAAGUUUAUCAUGCGCCUCCCGCUUGAGAUUCUAGAGGAUGAACUGCCUCGUCUGAAAACGACUCUCCUUUCUGCUUUGAACGAGUCCGCCCCGGUGGUACGAGAAGCUGCAUCAACGGCCAUCAUUGCCGCCCAGAUGGUAUUACGCGACGAAACACACCUAUUUGCUCUCCUUGACGGGCUGUCGGAGUAUCAGAAGAAUCUGCUAACGUACUACUUCGAGAAGCACGGUGCACGUGCGGUGGACGUGAACGCGAACGCUGCAGGCAUGACGAAGCUGGAAGGCCAGAUGGGUCGUCUGGACAAGCUCAUGAAUACGCCUCACAAGACGCGGCCGACGGAUGCUUAGCAGCUGAGUGUGUAGGAAGGCUUGAUUUUGGAACUCGAGGCUUGGUCUGGGAGUGAUUUGCUCACUUCAUCUUCUUCCUACAUGUUGCCAUCUUAAACGGCCACGCUUUCUGCUCCGUUUGCGUCCAUGGUGAUAUGUUUAUGGCAUAGUAUUCGUUUUAAUAGAUUUGCAAUUAUAUAUACC